CAGCCUGAGGUCGUCUCUAGCUCAGGGUUCGGGCAGCUAGGAGCCCGCAGCAGCGCGCAGCUUCCUUCGCUCACGUGGAAAGAAGCUUUUACCGCUGGAGUCUGCAACCAGAGCGCCCGCGAAGCUCCAGGUCCUGGGCAGUCAGGCCUACCUGCCAAGGUGCCACCCAAGCACUCGCAGCCGUGGACAGCUCCCUCACCGCGCGGUCCAUUCCUCUGCAGUGAGCAGACUCGUGUUCAGCCUGCAUCUGUCGGUGCGGCACCGGACACCAAGUCCUCGCCAGCGCUCACAGAACACGCGCUCCCUACCUCCUCCCUCUGGGCGCCCCCGCCCCUCGCUCACCUCGGCUCACUCCAGGGGCGACUUUAAGGGAUUCCCUCUCGGACGGCCUCUGCAGCAGCACAUCUGGCCUCAUUCACUGCACGGCAAGCAUGGAUCUCCGAGGAAGAGCCGUUCUCAGCUGGAACAGACUUCAAGUUCUCCUGAUGCUGUUCCAUACAAUGGCUCGAAUCAUGGCAGAACAAGAAGUGGAAAAUCUCUCAGGCCUUUCCACUAACCCUGAAAAAGAUAUAUUUGUGGUGCGGGAAAAUGGGACGACAUGUCUCAUGGCAGAGUUUGCAGCCAAAUUUAUUGUCCCUUAUGAUGUGUGGGCCAGCAAUUAUGUUGAUCUGAUCACGGAACAGGCUGAUAUCUCACUGACCCGGGGAGCUGAGGUGAAGGGCCGCUGUGGCCACAACGAAUCGGAGCUGCAGGUGUUCUGGGUGGAUCGCGCAUACAUGCUCAAAAUGCUGUUUGUAAAGGAAAGUCACAAUACGUCCAAGGGACUCGAGGCGACGUGGAGGCUGAGCAAAGUCCAGUUUGUCUACGACUCCUCGGAGAAGACCCAUUUUAAAGACGCAGUCAGUGCUGGGAAGCACACGGCAAACUCACAUCACCUCUCAGCCUUGGUCACCCCAGCUGGAAAGUCCUAUGAGUGUCAAGCUCAGCAGACCAUUUCACUAGCCUCCAGCGAUCCUCAGAAGACAGUCACCAUGAUCCUGUCUGCAGUCCAUAUCCAGCCCUUUGACAUCAUCUCUGAUUUUGUCUUCAGUGAAGAGCAUAAAUGCCCAGUGGAUGAGCGGGAGCAGUUGGAGGAAACUUUGCCCCUGAUCUUGGGGCUCAUCCUGGGCCUCGUCAUUGUGGUAACGCUGGCGAUUUACCACAUCCACCAAAAAAUGACUGCCAACCAGGUGCAGAUCCCUAGGGACCGGUCCCAAUAUAAGCACAUGGGCUAGGGGCCAUUAGGCAGGCAGCCCCAAGCCCCACUACCCUAGCUGGAUCAGGCAGAGAAACAAAAGCACUUUACUACCUUGUACAUGGGAUACACCAACAUAGCCACAACCUAACAGUCCUGGGUAUCCAAGGCUUGCUUGGCCAGCGCCCAUGCUUACACCCAGGGAUGGAGGGAUUUUUUGGAUUCACGGGGUGAAUGGCAGUUGUCCUCUCCAUGCUGGGGAAUGGGAACAGAGGAGGUCAGCCAGCUUUCACGUUCAUGGUGGCUUGGCUUUGACUCUUGAAGGAGCAACACGUACGACUCAGAGGGGUAUCUAGACCCAUAGUUUACAGAUUGGGAAGACAUCCCUUUUGGGAAGACACCCCUUUAGGUUCAAAGGAAUAGGGGGUGCCUUGCUCCCUUGAACACAGUUGGCUUACCCUACACAAUUGUCAAUGCACACAAAAUACAACUUCAUGCUCCCUGCAGCAAGACCCUUGAAAGUGAUCCAUGCUUCUGGCUGGCAUUCUGCAUGUCUAGUGAUUGUCUUGGGAAUGUUUACUGCUACCCGCACCCAGUGACUUUGCAGCACAAGAACCUGUUUAAUGUAACUAUGCAGAGUUGUUUGGACUUCAUAGUGUGCCAGGUCCAAGUAAGGGGACCUGAAGAAUCAAUUAAUCCAUGUGAGCUUGUUCUUCAAAAUGAAUUAAAACACACUACACUCUAAAGUGUGGCUGCUUUCUUGAAACAAGAAAACAAACCUAAAAUGGUUUCUUUGGCAUCCAGAGGAGAGAGAAAUGAUAAAAACAGGUUUUUCAUUUCUGCAAGAGGAAAAGCAAAGAGAGGGUAGAGAGGCUUUGAAGGGGAAGUUGGCCUUUCCAGGUGAAAAACCAUGGAUUUAUUCUGGCAAAUAGAAGUUGUUUUAUUUAUGGCACCUCUUGAACAAUUGGUCUCAUAUUGCUUCUGAUGCUUUUUGGUCUUGAGUUUGGUAUUUCACUUUGGAUUAAAAAGCUGGCCCGAAUAUGGUCACCUAGGUUGAAUUUUAUUUGAAGUAAAAUGCAAUUUAUUGAAACUUCCUAGAGAAAUGUACAUUAUUUAAAUUUUCCUCAGUUUCUAAAUAACCAUUUUUUAGAAGAUCUGAAUGGGGGAAGAGGAAAUCCUAUUAUCUGGUGUUAAGGUGGAAACCCCCCCACCCCCAUACACAAUCUCCACUAUGAGAGGCAGCAUGAAUGAGUCCAACUUCCCAAGUCUUCAAUUGCUGACAAUAGAGUAUCCUCAGAAGUUCAUUAUCCAGCAAAUCUUGAUAAGCAUCAGCUGGUUGCUGUUCUGUUAUCCAUUUAUUUUGUACUUUUUUAGUAUCAGUCUUUCCCUCUGAAUGAUCUCUCUUCAGUGUCUGUCUGGUAACAGUGAGGAAAAAGCCCCGAUUUCUCACAAAACGUGCAUGUUGCACAGGGAAAAGGGGAGGCCUUUGGCGCUAGUGGGCCUCUCCCCAUGGUUUACUCCUUUCUGUCAUCUGUGAUCAUCUUACAUCCCUGUUCCAUACUUGACAGCCCUUUCCUUUUUAGCAUCUCAUGCAUUUUUUUUUCAAACUUCAUAUUUAUUGGAACCACCCAAGGAUUUGGGGAGAAACAGACCCUUAGUUGUAUGCAUAGCCCCUUCAGAAAAACCUUUUAGAACUUUGAGUCAUACAUCUGAAAACUUCAUAUUUACUUUACUUUCACAACAUUUAAAUUUGUGUUUUUAAAUUUUAUUUAUUUUUUAAAGGAUUUUAUUUAUUUUUAGAGGAAGGGGAAGGAAGGGAAACAGAGAGGGAAAGAAACAUCGAUGUGAGAGAGAGAUAUUGAUCGAUUGCUUCUCAUACAUGCCCUGUUUGGGACCAAACCCACAACCCAGGCAGGUGCCCUGAUGGGGAAAUUGAACUGGCAACCUUUUGCUUUGUGGGGCAAAGCCCAGCCACCUGAGCCAUAUCAGCCAUAGCAGUAAAUUUGUUUUAGUUUUUAAAUUUACUUUCACAUAACAUAGGACUCUAUUAGUUUUGGUAUUGUCAUUUAACAGUUUUGUUAUUGUUGUUCCACUUAGGCAUUUAUUGGUUGCUUCUUUUUUAAAAAAUCAUUUUAUUGUUCAGUGUUUGAGCACCUACUGAAUGCAGGCUAAGUGUUGGGUAUAUGGCAGUGAACUUGACAACUUAGAGUCUAUAGUGGGAGGACUGAGAAGAAAACAACACACAGACACACGUCCUUCUAAAAAAAA